UCUGAAGUACUGAAAGACCAACUCCAAGUACUUGAAAGAAAUGAGUGGCUCCUUCUUUUCUCUUCACACUAUGGUUACGUUACUUUUCCUUUUCAUGUUCUUGCUAGAAACCGUCCAUGGCACCAAAAAGUGUUACAUUGUAUACUUGGGAGCACAUUCUCAUGGACCCCGCCCUACAUCUCUUGAACUUGAAAUUGCUACCAAUUCUCAUUAUGAUUUACUAAGUUCAACUUUGGGAAGCCGGGAGAAAGCAAAAGAAGCAAUCAUUUAUUCAUAUAACAAACACAUCAAUGGCUUUGCUGCUCUACUUGAAGAUGAAGAAGCUGCAGAUAUUGCAAAAAAGCGAAAUGUAGUGUCUGUGUUCUUGAGCAAACCUCAUAAACUGCACACUACCCGGUCAUGGGAAUUUCUUGGACUGCGCAGAAAUGCUAAGAACACUGCAUGGCAAAAGGGAAAAUUUGGUGAAAAUACAAUAAUUGCAAACAUUGACACAGGUGUUUGGCCGGAAUCCAAAAGCUUCAACGACAAAGGAUAUGGCCCUGUCCCGUCAAAAUGGCGUGGGGGAAAAGCGUGUGAAAUUAGCAAAUUCAGCAAAUACAAGAAAAAUCCUUGCAACAGGAAGCUAAUUGGAGCCAGAUUCUUCAGCAAUGCUUACGAGGCAUACAAUGACAAGCUUCCCUCAUGGCAACGUACCGCACGCGACUUUUUAGGCCACGGUACUCAUACUCUAUCAACAGCUGGGGGAAACUUUGUACCAGAUGCAAGUGUAUUUGCUAUUGGCAAUGGUACUGUAAAAGGUGGUUCGCCAAGAGCUAGGGUUGCAACCUACAAAGUGUGCUGGUCUCUGUUAGAUCUUGAAGACUGCUUUGGUGCCGAUGUAUUAGCUGCUAUUGAUCAAGCCAUUAGUGAUGGUGUUGAUAUAAUCUCACUUUCACUUGCUGGCCAUUCUCUUGUUUAUCCCGAAGAUAUUUUUACAGACGAGGUUUCAAUUGGAGCAUUCCAUGCACUUUCUAGAAAUAUAUUAUUAGUUGCCUCUGCAGGUAAUGAAGGACCAACCGGUGGAAGUGUUGUGAAUGUAGCUCCAUGGGUAUUCACAAUUGCUGCUAGUACAUUAGAUAGAGACUUCAGCAGUACCAUAACCAUUGGUAACCAAACAAUCAGGGGAGCCAGUCUUUUUGUAAACUUGCCACCUAACCAGGCAUUUCCUCUGAUUGUUUCUACUGAUGGUAAACUGGCCAAUGCGACAAAUCAUGAUGCACAAUUUUGUAAGCCAGGAACACUUGAUCCUUCAAAAGUGAAGGGGAAAAUAGUGGAGUGCAUUCGAGAAGGAAAUAUAAAAUCAGUUGCUGAGGGUCAGGAAGCUUUAUCAGCAGGCGCAAAGGGAAUGCUUUUGUCUAAUCAACCAAAACAAGGGAAAACAACUCUUGCAGAACCUCAUACAUUGUCUUGUGUGGAAGUACCACAUCAUGCACCAAAACCACCAAAACCAAAAAAGUCCGCUGAACAAGAACGUGCAGGCUCACAUGCUCCUGCCUUUGACAUAACUUCUAUGGACUCUAAAUUAAAGGCUGGUACUACAAUAAAGUUUUCAGGAGCAAAAACACUCUAUGGAAGAAAGCCAGCUCCAGUAAUGGCUUCAUUCUCAUCUAGAGGACCAAAUAAAAUUCAGCCAUCAAUACUCAAGCCUGAUGUAACUGCACCAGGUGUGAACAUACUUGCUGCCUAUUCGUUGUACGCAAGUGCAUCUAAUUUAAAAACAGACAAUCGCAACAAUUUUCCAUUCAAUGUACUACAAGGAACUUCUAUGUCUUGCCCUCAUGUUGCCGGCAUUGCGGGACUUAUCAAAACAUUGCAUCCUAAUUGGAGUCCAGCAGCUAUUAAAUCAGCUAUCAUGACCACAGCAACCACACUAGAUAACACGAACAGGCCAAUUCAAGAUGCAUUUGAAAAUAAACUAGCAAUUCCCUUUGAUUAUGGUUCAGGGCAUGUUCAACCUGACCUUGCAAUAGAUCCUGGACUUGUAUAUGAUCUAGGCAUUAAGGAUUACUUGAACUUCCUAUGUGCUUAUGGAUACAACCAACAGCUCAUUUCGGCCCUUAAUUUCAACGGUACAUUUAUUUGUUCCGGAUCUCACAGCAUAACAGACUUCAACUACCCUUCAAUCACAUUACCAAAUCUUAAGUUAAACGCUGUUAAUGUCACUCGGACAGUCACCAAUGUUGGGCCACCAGGCACAUAUUCUGCUAAAGCCCAAUUGCUUGGAUAUAAAAUUGUUGUGUUACCAAACUCCUUGACUUUCAAGAAAACUGGUGAAAAGAAGACAUUCCAAGUUAUUGUGCAAGCAACCAAUGUGACUCCACGGGGGAAAUACCAGUUCGGGAAUUUGCAAUGGACAGAUGGGAAACACAUUGUAAGGAGUCCUAUCACAGUCAGGCGCAAAUAAACAAUCUAUAUUUUGGUUCUGUCAGGAUAUAACAGUGUCGAUGCACAUGCCAAUGUAUUUGAGUGAGUAUUAAGAUUUCUUGUUAUCAAUAGGUUGUGUGCCUUUUGUUAUUUUAUCCUUCAUUAGUUGUCUAUGUAUUGUAAUGUAGUGUGUUGUGUAAUCGUUAUCAAUAAGUGGCAGUGCAACAUCUUUAUCUCUUCAUAUAUGAAGCAGCGGAUAUGCUUGUAGCUUUAA